AUGCUCCCGCUUUCCAUCACCCCGCCCCAUUCUCCCGCUUUCCAUCACCCCGCCCCAUUCUCCCGCUUUCCAUCACCCCGCCCCAUUCUCCCUCCUUCCAUCACCCCGCCCCAUUCUCCUGCUUUCCAUCACCCCGUCCCAUUCUCCCUCGUUCCAUCACCCCGCCCCAUUCUCCCGCUUUUCAUCAGCCCGCCCCAUUCUCCCGCUUCCCAUAACCCCACCCCCUUCUCCCGCUUUCGAUCACCCCGCCACAUUCUCCCGCUUUCUAUCACCCCGCCCCAUUCUCCCUCCUUCCAUCACCCCGCCCCAUUCUCCUGCUUUCCAUCACCCCGCCCCAUUCUACCGCUUUCCAUCAUCCCGCCCCAUUCUCCCUCCUUCCAUCACCCCGCCCCAUUCUCCCGCUUUCCAUCACUCCGCCCCAAUCUCCCUCCUUCCAUCACCCCGCCCCAUUCUCCCUCCUUCCAUCACCCCGCCCCAUUCUCCCGCUUUCCAUCGCCCCGCCCCAUUCUCCCGCUUCCCAUAACCCCACCCUAUUCUCCCGCUUUCCAUCACCCCGCCACAUUCUCCCACUUUCCAUCACCCCGCCCCAUUCUCCCGCUUUCCAUCACCCCGCCCUAUUCUCCCUCCUUCCAUCACCCCGCCCCAUUCUCCUUCAUUCCAUCACCCCGCCCCAUUCUCCCGCUUUCCAUCACCCCGCCCCAUUCUCCCUCCUUCCAUCACCCCGCCCCAUUCUCCCUCAUUCCAUCACCCCGCCCCAUUCUCCCGCUUUCCAUCAUCCCGCCCCAUUCUCCCUCCUUCCAUCAUCCCGCCCCAUUCUCCCGCUUUCCAUCACUCCGCCCCAUUCUCCCUCCUUCUAUCACCCCACCCUAUUCUCCCUCCUUCCAUCACCCCGCCCCAGUCUCCCGCUUUCCAUCACCCCGCCCCAUUCUCCUGCUUUCCAUCACCCCGUCCCAUUCUCCCUCCUUCCAUCACCCCGCCCCAUUCUCCCGCUUUUCCUCACCCCGCCCCUUUCUCCCGCUUUCCAUCACCCCGCCCCAUUCUUCCGCUUUCCAUCACCCCACCCCUUUCUCCCGCUUUCCAUCACCCCGCCUCAUUCCCCCGCUUUCCAUCACCCCGCCACACUUUCCCACUUUCCAUCACCCCGCCCCAUUCUCCCUCCUUCCAUCAACCCGCCCCAUUCUCCCGCUUUCCAUCACCCCGCCCCAUUCUCCCGCUUUCCAUCACCCCACCCCUUUCUCCCGCUUUCCAUCACCCCGCCCCAUUCUCCCUCCUUCCAUCACCCCGCCCCAUUCUCCCUCAUUCCAUCACCCUGCCCCAUUCUCCCGCUUUCCAUCACCCCGCCCCAUUCUCCCGCUUCCCAUAACCCCACCCCAUUCCCCCGCUUUCCAUCACCCCGCCACACUUUCCCACUUUCCAUCACCCCGCCCCAUUCUCCCUCCUUCCAUCAACCCGCCCCAUUCUCCCGCUUUCCAUCACCCCGCCCCAUUCUCCCGCUUUCCAUCACCCCACCCCUUUCUCCCGCUUUCCAUCUCCCUGCCCCAUUCUCCCGCUUUCCAUCACCCCCGCCCCAUUCUCCCGCUUUCCAUCACCCUGCCCCAAUCUCCCGCUUUCCAUCACCCCACCCCAGUCUCCCUCCUUCCAUCACCCGGCCCCAAUCUCCCGCUUUCCAUCACCCAGCCUCAUUCUCCCGCUUUCCAUCACCCCGCCCCAUUCUCCCGCUUUCCAUCACCCCGCCCCAUUCUCCCGCUUUCCAUCACCCCGCCCCAUUCUCCCCCGCCCCAUUCUCCCGCUUCCCAUAACCCCACCCCCUUCUCCCGCUUUCGAUCACCCCGCCACAUUCUCCCGCUUUCUAUCACCCCGCCCCAUUCUCCCUCCUUCCAUCACCCCGCCCCAUUCUCCUGCUUUCCAUCAUCCCGCCCCGUUCUACCGCUUUCCAUCAUCCCGCCCCAUUCUCCCUCCUUCCAUCACCCCGCCCCAUUCUCCCGCUUUCCAUCACUCCGCCCCAUUCUCCCUCCUUCCAUCACCCCGCCCCAUUCUCCCUCCUUCCAUCACCCCGCCCCAUUCUCCCGCUUUCCAUCGCCCCGCCCCAUUCUCCCGCUUCCCAUAACCCCACCCUAUUCUCCCGCUUUCCAUCACCCCGCCACAUUCUCCCACUUUCCAUCACCCCGCCCCAUUCUCCCGCUUUCCAUCACCCCGCCCUAUUCUCCCUCCUUCCAUCACCCCGCCCCAUUCUCCUUCAUUCCAUCACCCCGCCCCAUUCUCCCGCUUUCCAUCACCCCGCCCCAUUCUCCCUCCUUCCAUCACCCCGCCCCAUUCUCCCUCAUUCCAUCACCCCGCCCCAUUCUCCCGCUUUCCAUCAUCCCGCCCCAUUCUCCCUCCUUCCAUCAUCCCGCCCCAUUCUCCCGCUUUCCAUCACUCCGCCCCAUUCUCCCUCCUUCUAUCACCCCACCCUAUUCUCCCUCCUUCCAUCAUCCCGCCCCACCCCCCCCCCAUUCUCCAGCUUUCCAUCACCCCGCCCCCUUCUCCCGCUUUCCAUCACCCCUCCCCAUUCUUCGUCCUUCCAUCACCCCACCCCAUUCUCCCUCCUUCCAUAACCCCGCCCAUUCUCCUGCUUGCCAUCACCCCGCCCCAUUCUCCCGCUUUCCCUCACCCUGCCCCAGUCUCCUUCUUUCCGUCACCCCGCCCCACUCUCCCGCUUUCCAUCACCCCGCCCUAUUCUCCCUCCUUCCAUCACCCCGCCCCAUUCUCACUCCUUCCAUCACCCCGCCCCAUUCUCCCGCUUUCAAUCACCCCGCCCCAUUCUCCCUCCUUCCGUCACCCCCCCCCCCCUUCUCCUCCUUCCAUAACCCCGCCCGAUUCUCCCGCUUUCCAUCACCCCGCCCCAUUCUCCCGCUUUCCAUCACCCCGCCCCAUUCUCCCGCUUUCCAUCACCUCUCCCCAUUCUCCCGCUUUCCAUCACUCCACCCCAUUCUCCCGCUUUCCAUCAGCCCGCCCCAUUCUCACUCUUUCCAUCACCCCACCCCAUUCUCCCUCCGUCCAUCACCCCGCCCCAUUUGCCUGAUUUCCAUCGCCCCGCCCAAUUCUCCCGUUUUCCAUCACCCCGCCCCAUUCUCCCACUAUCCAUCACCCCGCCUCAUUAUCCCGCUUUCCAUCACCCCGCCCCAUUCUCUCGCUUUCCAUCACCCCGCCCCAUUCUCUCGCUUUGCAUCAACCCGCCCCAUUCUCCCGCUUUCCAUCACCCCGCCCCAUUCUCCCGCUUUCCAUCAUCCCACGCCAUUCUCCCUCCUUCCAUCGCCCCGCCCCUUUCUCCCGCUUUCCAUCGCCCUGCCCCAUUCUCCCGCUUUCCAUCACCCGGCCCCAUUCUCCCGCUUUCCAUCACCCCGCCCCAUUCUCCCGCUUUCCAUCACCCCGCCCCAUUCUCCCAAUCUCCAUCACCCCGCCCCAUUCUCCCUCCUUCCAUCACCCCGCCCCAUUCUCCCGCUUUCCAUCACCCCGCCCCAUUGGAAUAUGGGAGAAGGGGAUGGAAUAUGGGAGAAGGGGAUGGAAUCUGGGAGAAGGGGAUGGAAUCUAGGAGAAGGGGAUGGAAUCAAAGAGAAGGGGAUGGAGUCCGGGAGAAGGGGAUGGAAUCUGGGAGAAGGGGGUGGAAUCAGGGAGAAGGGGAUGGAAUCCGGGAGAAGGGGAUGGAAUCUGGGAGAAGGGGAUGGAAUCCGGGAGAAGGGGAUGGAAUCUGGGAGAAGGGGAUGGAAUCUGGGAGAAGGGGAUGGAAUCUGGGAGAAGGGGAUGGAUCUGGGAGAAGGGGAUGGAAUCUGGGAGAAGGGGAUGGAAUCAGGGGGAAGGGGAUGGAAUCUGGGAGAAGGGGAUGGAAUCUGGGAGAAGGGGAUGGAAUCUGGGAGAAGGGGAUAG